AACUCACUCUGCUCAAAAGCCUCAAACACAACAACAGACCUUCCUUGGUCUCUUCUCUUUUCUCGGCCUCUGUCUCUGUCGCCACUCACACUCUCUCUUGAAAAAAAAAAACUAACAUUCUUUACUUUCUCUCUCUACCUCACCUGCCAAAAACUAAUUCCCGCGCUUUCAUUCUUUCCUCCGACCAGAUCCGCCGUUCAGAUCUUUCUGAUCCACCGAGAACGCUCUUCAACCCUCCGAUGUGCUGACUUUGACUCCUUUACUCUGAUCACAUACACCGCCGGUGGAAAAAACUUCAAAAUUACGCAAACUUUUCACCAAUCAUGGGGCAGUGCUACGGCAAGACUAAUCCCUCGCCGGAAACUGACGCCGCCGCGAUUCCCAGCUCCGACGACCUUCCUCCGCCGUCAGUCACGCCCUCGGUGAAGAACACUCCGGCGAGAGCUUUAUUGUCGCCGUGGCGGAGCCCUUACCCUCACGGAGGUGGCGUGACACCGUCUCCAGCUAGGACAGCGACGCCGAGGAGGAUUUUCCGGCGGCCUUUUCCACCUCCGUCUCCCGCGAAGCAUAUUCGUGCGUCGUUGGCGAAGCGACUGGGGCGAGGCGCGGUGGCGGCGAGGGCAAAGGAGGGGACUAUACCGGAGGAGGGAGUGGCGGCGGAGGAAGAGGAGGAGGUGCUGGAUAAGAGGUUUGGAUAUGGAAAGAAUUUUGGUGCAAAGUAUGAGAUUGGGAAGGAAAUUGGGAAAGGGCAUUUUGGUCAUACUUGUUAUGCAAGGUGUAAGAAAGGUGAAUUCAAGGACCAAGCUGUAGCAGUUAAAAUCAUUUCCAAGUCUAAGAUGACGACGGCGAUAGCAAUAGAAGAUGUUCGGAGAGAGGUGAAGAUCUUAAAAGCUCUAUCUGGCCAUAAGCAUCUGAUCAAAUUUCAUGAUGCUUUUGAGGAUGCCAACAAUGUGUACAUAGUAAUGGAAUUGUGUGAAGGCGGGGAGCUUCUUGACAGGAUUUUGUCAAGGGGAGGAAAGUAUCCGGAGGAGGAUGCCAAAGCUAUAGUUUUGCAGAUUCUAAGCGUAGUUGCUUUUUGUCAUCUUCAGGGCGUCGUGCACCGUGACCUAAAACCGGAGAAUUUCCUCUUUACUUCAAAAAGUGAAGAUGCUGAUAUGAAGCUUAUCGAUUUCGGUUUAUCGGAUUUCAUCCGGACAGACGAACGACUAAAUGACAUUGUUGGGAGUGCAUAUUAUGUUGCACCAGAGGUACUUCACAGGUCAUAUAGUGUGGAAGCAGAUAUAUGGAGUAUCGGUGUGAUUUCAUAUAUCUUGUUAUGUGGAAGUCGACCAUUCUGGGCACGAACAGAAUCUGGAAUUUUCCGUUCAGUGCUCAGAGCUGAUCCUAACUUCGAAGAUUUACCUUGGCCUUCUGUGUCUGCGGAGGCCAAGGACUUUGUAAAGAGGCUCCUAAACAAGGACUAUAGGAAAAGAAUGACGGCCGUCCAAGCUCUAACUCACCCUUGGUUGAGGGAUGAAAACCGCGCCAUCCCUCUCGAUAUAUUAGUUUAUAAACUAGUGAAGUCCUAUAUACACGCAACACCAUUCAGACGUGCAGCAUUAAAGGCUCUUUCAAAGGCUUUGACAGAAGAAGAAUUUCCCUAUCUUAGAGCGCAAUUCAAAUUGUUGGAACCAAAUCUAGACGGCCACGUAUUACUCGACAAUUUCAAAAUGGCCCUUAUACGCCAUGCAACCGAUGCCAUGAGGGAGUCAAAGGUUCUUGAUAUUAUACACGCGAUGGAACCACUUGCAUACAGAAAGAUGGACUUUGAAGAAUUCUGUGCAGCUGCAGUUAGCAUAUAUCAAUUGGAAUCACUUGAAAAGUGGGAAGAUAUUGCUUCCAAUGCUUUUGAGCACUUUGAGAGAGAGGGUAACCGUGUAAUUUCAGUUGAAGAAUUAGCAAGAGAAUUGAAUCUAGGUCCUUCAGCUUAUUCAGUUCUGAGAGAUUGGAUACGAAAUAGUGAUGGAAAGCUUAAUUUACUUGGAUAUACAAAAUUUUUGCAUGGUGUCACUCCUCGUAGUUCAAACCCUAGACACCACCGUUAGUCCUUUUUAGCUUUGACAUAUAUGAUAUACAAAUAGUUGAGGAAUGCUAGAGGAUUAUCAGAAUUUAUUAUUUUUGACUAUCACUUAGCGAUCAAUGUUUAGAAGUAUGUUGUUGAAUUAUUAGACUAAAGGAACUAAACUAAAGGAAUUGAGCGGAUAGCUAAGUUGAUGACUAAAAAAAGUAAAUUCUGAUAAUCCAUAGUAUUUCUCAAUAUAGUUUUCAUGAUGAGGCAUGAAAAAAGAAAAUUAUAGAUGGAAAUUUUUUUUCUCAAAUUUUCUUCCAGGGUAGAUAAUGUUGUGUAUAAAUGUAUAGGGAAAGUAGAUUCAAUUAUAUGUCAAAUCUUUUUUCCUUUGUUUUUUGGGGACAUGUAUAUGUCAAAUCCUUUUAAUUCUCAUUUGCAAAUUUAUGUCCCAUGGAUCUUAGUCCAUGAGUAUUCAUUAAUUUGUGAAUGCUUACUUUGUUAGGAAUCCAGUUUAUUACAAUGUGACAUGUGACAAUUCAAUGCCUUAUUCUUACAAUGAUACA